UCAGGCACGCAGAUGGCGUGACACGACUGGCACUAACAGGAGACACUCAAAGGUCAUGAUCCACCGACCCAAUGUGACGGUGCCGACCCACGCCAGGGGCGGCCAGAACCAGGACGAUUGGCAGAGGUCCGAGUGCGUUCUGGGCUACAUCCCUGUCGUCUACUACAGCGUCCUCUUGUGCGUGGGAGUACCAGUGAACAUCCUGACGCUGGUGGCUCUGUCGCGGCUGGCCUCGCGCACCAAGAAGGCGCUCUACGUGUACCUGCUGGCGCUGACCAGCUCGGACAUCCUGUCGCAGCUCUUCAUCAUCUUCGUGGGCUUCCUGCUGGAGACGGCCGUCUUCCACCGCGACAUGCCCGCCCUCCUCCUGCACUCGGUGAGCGUGCUGGAGUUCGCCGCCAACCACGCGUCCAUCUGGGCCACGGUGCCGCUGACCGUCGACCGCUACGUGGCGCUGUGCCACCCGCUGCUCCACCGGCAGAUCAGCUACCCGGAGCGGGCGCGGCGCAUCAUCGGCGCCGUGAUGGCCCUGGCGCUGGCGUCCGGCGUGCCGUUCUUCUGGUGGUCGGACAUGUGGCGGGCGAGCCACCCGCCCACGCCGCUGGACCGCGCGCUCAUCUGGACGCACGUCACCAUCAUCUACUUCCUGCCGUGCAGCAUCUUCCUGGUGCUCAACUCGCUCAUCAUCCACCGGCUGCGGCGGCGCCAGCGGCUGUGCCAGGAGGAGAACGGCGACGUGGCGUCGGCCGCCGCCGCCGCCGCGAUGCCCCCGCACCACCGCCGGCGCCUGGGCAAGACCACGGCCAUGCUGCUGGCCGUCACGUCGGUCUUCGCCGUGCUGUGGGCGCCGCGCACCGGCGUGGUCAUCUACCACCUGUACGUGGCGUCGGUGCACCGCGACUGGCGCGUCCACCUGGCCUACGACCUGGCCAACAUGCUGGCCAUGCUCAACACGGCGGUCAACUUCUUCCUCUACUGCUUCGUCAGCAAGCCGUUCCGCGCCGCCGUGCGCGACGUCCUCUUGCUCCGGCACGCCGGGCCCGUCGCCGCCCGCCACGCCCUCCGCCACCAGCAGGUGCCCGUCAACGCCUCCACCUCCUCGCUCUCCAGCGCCACCAAGCGCUCGCAGCGCAACUGCGCCCCCUAUGUGCCGCGAGCGGACACGCAGAUCAUGUGACUCACCAGGGACCAAUCAGGGGGAAAAGUACUAGCCACAGCACAGUCCUCUGCCACUUGCUAGUUGCCAAGUAAUUAAACGGUGUUUGGACGGGUCCAAUUAAUUAGCAGCUAGACAUGUUUGGACGGGUCCAAUUGCUUAAACAUGUUUGGACGGGUCCGAUUAAUUAAACACGUUUGGACGGGUUAUCAUAGAACUCUGUGAUACCAAUCACCAGACUCCUCACUUCAAACACUCCCUCAUAAGCAACGUAACCGUGUCAAGAACAGCUGAAUGGGUCAUUAUGACUCUUAGUUUCGAGUGAUGUGACAGUGUUUUACCCAUUCAGUCAUUUCAAUGAGACCAUUUUCAAAGGCAUCACACAUCUUGUCAUGAAUGUCAGGAAAAUAACUGUCAACGUUGUUAUAUCACUGGACACACUGCACUUACAAGGAUAUGACACAAAUAUGUCUGUCAGAACAGCAGCACAGACUGACACUCUACU